AUGGCGAGCAACGCCUUAGGCCCAUCUAUGCAAUCAGCACACAGUCUAGGACCUCGUGUAUCGCUGGAUGACGGAGUUUCAUCCUUUACCAUUGGCGAGUGCAUUCUCAUCAGGAUUCCUGGAGGAAUACAAGUAGAAGAAUAUGUUGAAGAUGAAGUGACCGCCGUUGGAACGAACCUCCCACCCAUUUCCGAAGGAACAGGCUCUCAGCAUCUGGCAUUUAUUUGCAAUAUUACGGUCCACCCGCUGAAUGACUCUUUCAUUCUUGAUGUCUACCCCGUUCUCGCUUUCUCUCAUACCGACGGAGCUGUUGCCACGUACAAUAACAUGCGUAAUCCCAUCUCAAAAGCAGCACUUAUCCCGCUCUCGCUUUUUUCAUCUCGACACCCCACACCCCAUGGUUUUGGACAACCUCUCACUUUGGGAAAUUGGAUAACUGUUAACGACUCCUUUUUGCAUGUCCUCCCUAGGCGGUUUACUAUGCCCAUGAGCAGAUCAUUCAAACGCUUUGAACCUCCCCUCAUGAUGCAUGCACGCUUGCAGCUCCGCCUCCAUCGUUACCGAGCAUUCCUCUCGACCGCAAACCCUGAAGAUCUCGAUGUUCAAUCCCAUCAUCCCUUUCUCAAUGGUGAGAGUGGAGAAGAUUUGCCACAUGACCAAACUGGACAUGGGGGAGGGCAGGCGACCAGCUUGCCAACCGUUAUCGGUGAUGGAAAUGGGGAAGGGGGGAAAUUAACUGAGGAGGGGCUAGCUGACGUGCUUGAAGAUGUUGAUGAGGAUGCAGAGGAUGGAGACGCCACCUUACUAGACGACCUUCGCCUCCUGGCAGCCUCUCAUCCGAUGUGGGAAGACGAACUGAAGCAAUAUAUCCAAGCGCAGCAGAAGGAGAAAGAAUGGAUUCAGAAAGAACGCGCAGCAAGAUUGGCCCUCUGGCGGGAAGACGCGGCUGUUGAGCUGUUGAGCUAAGCUCUUGAGAUUGAGGUUUUCUUCCGCCUGUUCCUUGGCCUGUCAGCAGCUUUCCUCCUGCUCGCCCCCCUCCCACCUGGCAAACCCUGCCAUGAUUGCAAGUUUAUUAAUCAGUUUAGAUAUCCCCAUGGACCUCACUUUCAAUAUCCCCCACGGACCUCGCGGACCUCACUUUCGAUACCCAUUAAACGACCUUGCAUAGAACCAAAACCCAUCAUCAUCACCUUGACUUGUGUCAUCCUUUCUUAUCGUUCCUGUACGCUACUUGCAUCGGGGUACACACGUUUGUGUACGUAGUCUCAUGUUUUACUUAGAGUUUUUCUUUCUUCGCCUGGGAGUUUGGGAGGCACUUAAAUUUAUUAGAUUGUCAAAAUCAUUCUUGUAGCAGUAGAAUUUAUGGCAAAUGUUGAUGGUUC